ACUGUUCCUGACAUGAUUUUGAAAAGCUUGCCACAUCCUGAACGCAGGAGGAUCGUGAACAAGGUCAGAGUCCCCUAGCUCCCAUUGACAUUGAAGCUCCCAUCUCUCAGCAAGUUCAAAAUGAUUCUCAAGCAACUGACGAGAAGGAAUUUCGACAAGACCAAUUUAUGACUGCUUCUUCAAGUCAGCAAAAAAACAUUGUUCUUGUAUCUCCUCCCAGUGCUGGAGAACAAUCUCUUGCAUCAACUUCUGCAUCUUCAACCAAUGAAACCUCCACUCAGAAGCUCGCAUCUCACACUUCCUCGAGAGAAACUUCAGAAACAAUUACAGGAAUCGAGUCUCUAUUUGCUACCAUGGAACAAUUGGUCAGACCAUGUCCUGUGUCUUCUUCGCAGCCUGAAUCAAGUGCAAAUACACAUGCUGAAUCUUAUGAGUCUGAUGUUGGGAGCCCCGAGAGUCAUGUCUACUCUAUGGGUUUGAUAAAGAAAAUCUUAUUGAAACCCCUGACGGAAGUAGCAAGAUCACCUGAUGGCCUCCUGUUGCUAGCUACAAUGAAGAAUCUAAAGAAAAGCGAUCUCCUAAAUUCUCAGCAGUUACAAAUCAUUCAAGCUUACAUUGACAAUUUUGAUAGUCUAGUGUCCAACUACCCAUUGUACGAGCACCAAAUUGAUAGGACAAGUGCACUGAAAUAUUCCAUUGAAGAUAAGAAAAAAGGAAUUUCUGACCUCAAGAACCAUUACGGAGAUCUUAUCCACAAUGCAAGCAGUCUUGCUGCAGAGAGGGAAGCAUUGAAAAAGAGACUUGAUGAGAUUGCGGACGAAGAAAUUCACAUCCGAGAAGAUGCAGACGAUCUCCGUACACAGCUGAUCAGUUGGAAAGCUGAACUAGAAACGCACAUGAAAGCUCUUCCAGAAGCUUUGAGACAAGAAAAUGAAGCUGAUAAUAGAGCCAACAAUUCCAAUGAGUAUUGGGGUAAGAUUCGAAGCUUAUUUGCUUGAGCAGUUGAGUUGUUUGGGAUUUACUUUCGAAAUGGUGAUUAAUUUUGCAAUUAUUUGUUGCCAUGAACCAUGUACAUUGAAUCACUCUUGAUAGUUUUCAAGUAAAGAAAGAAAUCAGAAGAGAUUAAAAGACUGCAAGAAUAAGAAUUACUAGUGUAUUGUAGGCAGAGUAUAAUUGAUUGCUAACUAAUAGCAACAAGUCAUGUUAUGAUCUGCUAAUAAACUAACUGUUAGGAAAUGAAAUAUUCCCAAUAGCAGAGUUGUAUAAAAUAGAAGAUAUGUAUUUAUUCA